AUGAAUUUAAGUUUGUUGUCAGAAGAACCAGUAGAAUACUGCUUUGAAAAUGUAAGUAACUCCUGUGUAAAAGUCACCAGAUCCUUAGCUCUUAAAAUUGUUAUGUAUUUCUUGCUUGUUUUCACUGUUGUGCUCACUGUCUUUGGGAAUCUGUUUGUUAUGAUUUCAAUUUCUCACUUUAAACAGCUUCAUUCACCAAACAAUGUGCUGGUCCUCUCUUUAGCAAAUGCAGAUUUCUUAGUUGGGUUGCUCGUACUGCCAUUUUGCAUUAUAAGAUCCGUUGAAACUUGCUGGUACUGGGGCUCUUUCUUCUGUAGACUGCACACAUGCAUGGAUUUGUUACUUUGUACUGUUUCCAUUUACCACUUGUGUUUUAUUGCAAUAGAUCGCUACUAUGCGAUUUGUGAACCACUUCACUACACAAGAAAAAUCAACUAUGAAGUUAUUUUUUUAUUUAUUGUUUUUGCCUGGAUGGUACCAGGUGUAUGCAGUUUUGGAUUAAUUUAUUCCAAAUCUAAUGAACAAGGACUUGAAGAUGUGUUGGCCAUGUUAACAUGUGAAGGUGGGUGCCUACUGUUAUAUAACAAAUUAUGGGCAUUGCUGGGUCCGCUUAUAUUUAUAGCACCAUGUGUCAUUAUGAUUGGGAUCUACACUAAAAUUUUUUGUGUUGCUAAAAGGCAAGCAAAAAUUGCAAACAACAGGGGAAAAAAAAUUCUUUCUGAAGAAGACAAUAAAAAGCGUGUCACCCAGAAAAGAGAACAAAAAGCUGCCAAAACACUGGGAAUAAUUAUGGGCAUUUUUUUAUUAUGCUGGCUACCAUUUUUCAUUGAUAUUGCAGUUGAUGUUUAUGUUGAUUUUUCCACACCAAUGGCAAUUUCUGAGGCAAUAACAUGGCUAGGCUAUGUUAAUUCUGCUUUCAAUCCACUAAUAUAUGCCCUUUUCUAUCCAUGGUUUCGGAAGGCACUGAAGAUGAUUGUUACAGGCAGAAUAUUUAGCUCUGGUUCUUCAAACAUUCAGCUUUAUACUCAAUAA